CAGUCGACCCCGAACCUCUGCCAAGCCAUUCAGCCACGGCAGCGCAAGAACGACGGUCAGUACGCCUCUUCAGCCGCAUUCGUCAUUGUAGUCGCGCCCUCACGCCGCCGAAGACUCACGCCUGAAGAUACUUCAGCCAUUUUACCGCUCGUCUGUGUUCACUCCGCAUCAGAAGAAAAGCACGGCCGUCAGAUGAAGAGUGCCGUGAAUGUUCACAACUAGCCCGGAACUAACUUGAAUCCCGCGCAUAACCUGUGGCUUAGCGCUCACUCGCCUAGUCUCCCGUGCGCCCAGCCUCGCUUUGCGGUGCAUCAUGCCAGGAAUUAUUUGGGAGGAGCUUGACUCAACGACCAUGUCGCGGCUCGGAGUCGACCUUAUCCGCGAUGAAUUGGCCCGACGCGAGUUAGAGAGCACCGGCUCUAAGGAAGAGCUCAUUCAGCGCCUCGAAGCCGACAUUCACCAACGUCGUGAAGCAACGCCACGGUCAAGCGUGGAGAGGGCGGGUACCGCCGGCAACUCAGGUUUGACCCUUGAUACCGCGACGCUCGAAAGUCUGGCACUUCUGUUUCAACAGCUGCCACGCCCCUCGACUACAGUUACCACACUGCCAGACCUGUCGUCAUCGAUUGCCUACUUCGAUCAGUCUCCAGCACAAAAUGUUAAUGUCUGGCUCAAUGACGUCCGCCGGGUACAGCAGCUUGCCGCAUGGGACGACGCCACCACCCGUCUCAUUGCCGCAAGUAAACUGAAAGGCACAGCUCGUAAUUGGCACCUCGCUUUUGGAAAUCACCAUUCAACCUGGGAAACAUGGAGCGCCGCCCUGAAGGAAACAUUUUCAUCGGAGCUGACCCUCAUCGAAUGGCAGGAACGCGUCAUAAAGAUCAGACAGGGCCCAGGCGAGAGCCUACAAGAAUACGCUUACGCAAAGCUGCGUGUGGUUGAAAGCUGCCCCGUCACCCUUACCGACGCCCAGAAAAUUGAUUACCUACUACAAGGUCUUCAAGAACCACAUGUCAUUGCGGCCAUCGCGGCUAAUAGGCCGUUAACAGUGCGUGACUUCAUGUCCACGUGCACAAGCCUAGACAAGUGCACUCAACGUGCCCAUGACAGGGCAAGCGUAAAACAGCCGCUGCUUCCACAGAAGCCACCCCCUCGUUCAUUUCAAAGUGGCAAUUCAGGACGUCAGCAAUAUAACUAUCAGCCACCAGCUCCGCCAACAGCUACAACAGCACAGCCAAGACAGCGCAUUUCCGAGUUGCCUAAGGAACAACAGGAACGAAGAUACGAAGCCAUUUCUGCGCAGUAUGGGGCCCCAGCAUUCCGGAGCGGCCAAGACAUCGCACAAGCAACUUGUUACAAGUGCAAAGAGUUAGGGCAUUUGGCGUCGGCAUGUCCCUCGCGUAGCAACAGGGCACCACCGUCAACCAUCCCUGAUGCCCAACAGCCACGGGCCUUUCACAGUAUGCCUGAAAAACUUGAAGGCUCCCAACAUCAAUGUCCAUUUUUCACGGCGGCUAUUGCAGGAGUCGGAGAACAUGAAGCAUAUCCGGACUCUGGCUCGAACGUGACAUUGAUUUCUAAAGCCAUCCUACCUUCCGCAAUGAUCUUGCCAUGGACUAAUUUCCCUCUUGCCGUCGUUGGAGGUGGUACAGCGCUACCAGUUGGGUCCGCCCUCCUUAAGAUAACUAUUGGCCCUAUCACUGGUGUGGUUGAGGCAGCAGUUUUGGAGAACAACGUCCUACCCCUUAUUCUGGGUGAAGACUGGUUUUUGGCAGCGCGAGCCCGCUUGAUCUUCCAGCCACCAGAGCCCACUCAGCUACAACAUCCAGCCACGGGUGUAACGCUUCUAGCUACUCAGCGUCUGGUCCCGCGAAUGGCCAAUGCCGUCAUUUUAGCCCGCUCAAAACUUUUUGCGCCGGCAGAAGCAACGUUACAAGACUGUCUACAACGAGAACCCUUACCUUCGCCAGAAGAGCCUCCCUGGCAAGUUUUGGCGGCGAAGACAGUGCCGCUGGAAAGCAGCACUGCCACACUACAAGUCCGCACUACGGUGCCUGUGACCAUCCACCCCGAACUUCCACCAGCCAGCCUAGGCAGCCAGCUCUCGCCUGAACAGCAGUCUGUCAUUGCUGACAUACUGGCCAAGAACAAUGCCGUCUUUUCUCGCCAUGAAGAUGACAUCGGUCAUUUUACCGACACUCAACAUCGCAUUGAUUUGCUGCCCAAUACCGUGCCGUACAGCCGCAGCCCUUACAGAUAUACGCUAGAAGACAGGCAAUUCCUCGAAAGUAGCCCACGACUGCGUGAAAAGCUCCUCAAAGAAAAAGACUUGGCACUUGCCAAGGCUGAGCCGAUUUGCAAAGCGGAGGAAGCAGCAUCGCUGCAAAACAAUGCCUGGGCGCAGCCCGAUAAGCACGUGGCGCUGGUUAUGAAGCGGUCUGGGCCGGUUCGCAAAGUGGAGCAUGCGGUGCAAGAAGAUCCCUCGGCACAGCCCGAUAAGCAAUGUGCCCCAGGCUGCCAGGACAACGCUACCCUUGGGGCUUGCGACCCAUUUGCAACAACGGGAACCAACGGUCCGGUUGCAACAACGGGUGUCAGCACUGAGGUUCCAACAGCUGGUGGCCGCGCUGAGAUUCCAACAGCCGGUGCCAUCGGUGCGGUUCAAACAAAACCGAGCUCUUCGCUGCUUCGAUCAUACAGCGGUGGUGUCAUUCGGCAUUUCGGUAUGGCAAGGCUACUAGUGACCGCGAACGGCCGGUCGAAGGAUGUCAACUUCUAUGUCGUCAAAAAGGGCAACCAAGCUAUACUGGGACUACUAGCAUGCGAGUCGCUUGGUCUGGUGUCACGUGCAGUGGAUGCUGUAAAAGAAGGAAGCGCCACAGCGGGUGGCAGUGAGGACGUUCUAACCGAAUUCCGCCAGCUUUUUCAGGGAACAGGCUGCAUGAGUCGCCAGUAUAAAAUGGUCCUACGCAAGGAUGCGACGCCAGUUGUCCAGCCAGCUCGGCGGGUGCCCUUGGCGCUGAGGCAACCUCUGAGGUAG